UUCCACAUAGAUACUAAUCGUCAACCACGACCUCCCAAGUCAAGUUUCGCUUCGACGCGCUCUGUAUCAUUCGGAAGCGAGUCGAUGAUGCAACCUGAUGCCACAGAUGUCCCGCAAGGUGCAUUCCCCCUCCCCCUCCUUGUUUCAACUCCCUACUGCUCCGGAGGGGAAAAAGAGGAGAGGGGGUGGAGGGGGCUGCAGCUGCGACGAUGUCAUCAUUAAGAAGAUUAAGAUGUACGACAUGGCCCUCCCGACUACUGCUCUCAUGUGUAUUCGCUCCUCGGACCAAUGUUUUACUGGUGACAAUUGUAACACGGACUGUGCGUUGUACUGACAUCCGCAUAUGCGGGCCGGGCCCGUACGCAGCAAGUUGGACGUUUGGCAGCAAAGGUUCACAGUCGUGCUGGGAGCCUCGUGCCUGAGGCUGGCAGUGGCGCGGCCGCAGCUGCUGCCGAACCCCUCGGGGCUGUCCGGGCCCGGCUCCGCCCCCGGCUCACCCGUCCAGGGCGCCGGCAUGGCCCCUGCCCCCUUCAGCGCGGCCGUCCCCGCGCCCGUGCCUGCGGCCGCCCCCGCCCCCGCGUCCGUCUCCUUCGUGCCGAUACUGCAGCAGCAGUUCGAGCAGGCGCCCGACGGCCAGUAUCGGUGGAGCUACGCGGCAGGCGACGGCACGGCCCAGGAGGCCAUAGGCGAGCUGACGGCUGCCUCGCGCGCCAUCGCCGUCCAGGGUAGCUACUCGUACCCGAGCCCCGAGGGGCAGGUGCAGGUCAAGUACGUCGCGGACGAGUUCGGCUUUCAGCCGACGGGAGCGCACAUCCACCCUGCUAUCCUGGAGGCCGUCAGGCGGCAGGUGGAAAAGGCCAGGGCGGAGCCUCCCAACCUGUACAACGAGUCUGGUUUCCUAACCAAUGGCCAGCAGAUGGUCAUGCCCCAGGGGGGCGCGGCGCUGCCCCUGCCUCUGCCACCGCCAUCAGCGCUGCAAACCUCAGCAGGAUCGGGACCAUCAGGGCCCGCGUUACUGUGAACGAACUUUAACGAGAAAGCCCGGGACAGGCUGUGAGAAGUGAUAUUUAAGUCCUGUGACAAUUGUUUCGUUAUUUUGUUGUAUUAUUUUUUGAGAAAUAAAGUGAAAUUUGACAUGUUA